GAAUAACAAAACAUCCUUAUCCGAAGGAAGCAAACGAAUUUGACGGUCGACAGUCCACUCGUCGUCCUCUAGAUCGCUGGCAUAUAAUCUCUCUCCCGGCUUUUGAUCCGCAGCGCAGUCGUUUGUCGUCUUCGCCUUCCGGAUCGCGCUUGCUCGUAGUCCCGUCCCAGCUUGAGCGACGGGGGACUCGGCGGCCAUGGCGGGGCGAGGCUCCCUCCCGGAGGGCUCUCUCUUCCUCGGAUUCGACAGCUCCACUCAGUCACUGAAAGCUACUGUACUCAAUAAUGAGUUAACAAUAGUAGCUUCUGAAAUUGUUAAUUUUGACUCUGAAUUGCAGCACUACAAAACUGAAGGUGGGGUGUACAGAGAUUCCACAGACGAUGGCCACAUAUUUUCACCAACCAUUAUGUGGGUGGAAGCUUUGGAGCUGCUGCUUGAGAAGUUAAAACCCAAGAUAAACUUCAGUAAGGUUGUGGCCGUCUCAGGGAGUGGGCAGCAACAUGGCAGUGUUUACUGGAAGAAGGGCAGCAAGGCAGUUCUUUCCUCCCUAGAUUCCAGUAAGAGUUUGUUAUUGCAGCUCAAGGAUGCCUUUUCUACAAUGAACUCACCAAUAUGGAUGGACAGUAGCACAACUAAGCAAUGCAGAGAAAUAGAGAAUGCAGUCGGAGGUGCAUUGGAGUUAGCAAAACUGACAGGAUCUCGUGCCUAUGAGAGAUUCACUGGUCCCCAGAUACGAAAGAUCUAUCAAACAGAGCCCAAUGUUUAUGAAGAUACCGAGAGAAUAUCUUUGGUGAGCUCAUUCAUGGCAUCAAUCCUUGUUGGAAGCUACGCAAGUAUUGACGAAACUGAUGGUGCUGGGAUGAACUUGAUGGAUAUAAACCAGAGAACCUGGUCAAAGACUGUUUUAGAGGCAACUGCUCCUGGACUUGAAGCAAAGCUUGGAAAUCUAGCACCAGCAUAUUCAGCUGCUGGCCGGAUUGCUCCUUAUUUUGUAGAAAGGUUUCAGUUUGAUAAGAACUGUUUGGUCAUUCAGUGGUCUGGUGACAAUCCUAAUAGCCUUGCAGGUUUAACUCUGAAUACUCCUGGUGAUCUUGCCAUUAGCCUUGGUACUAGCGAUACAGUAUUUGGGAUAACAGCAGAAGCUAAACCAAGUCUUGAAGGGCAUGUUUUCCCCAACCCUGUUGAGCCUGAUGGUUACAUGGUGAUGCUAUGCUACAAAAAUGGCUCCUUGACCAGAGAAGAUGUGCGAAAUCAGUGUGCAGAGAAAUCAUGGGAUGUUUUCAACAGCUAUCUAGAGAAAACGCCCCCUCUAAAUGGUGGAAAGUUAGGAUUCUACUACAAAGACCAUGAAAUCCUGCCACCACUUCCAGUGGGCUUCCAUCGGUACAUUGUUGAGAACCUUGAUGAUGCCUCAUCUGACAAUCUGAUAGAGCGUGAAGUGGCAGAAUUCAAUCCACCAUCUGAGGUCCGUGCCAUCAUUGAAGGUCAAAUGUUGUCGAUGCGAGGCCAUGCUGAGAGAUUCGGCAUGCCGAACCCUCCCAGGCGGAUCAUAGCAACCGGCGGGGCAUCCUCCAAUGAUAGUAUCCUCAAGUCAAUUGCGCAAAUCUUUGGCUGCCCUGUCUUCACAGUUCAGAGACCUGAUUCGGCCUCACUGGGUGCAGCGCUGAGAGCUGCCCACGGGUGGCUGUGCAACGCUGAAGGAAGCUUCGUCCCCAUCUCGUGCUUGUACGAGGGCAAUCUGGAGAAGACCUCCCUUGGCUCGAAGCUUGCAGCCCCAGCCGGAGACAAGGAGGAAGAUAGGGAGCUUCUGAAGAAGUACACCCUGCUGGUGAGGAAGAGGAUGGAGAUCGAGAGACGCCUGGUGGAGAAGAUUGGGCGGGCAUAGGGAAGUUGUGAAGCAUUGCUGCACCUGUCGGGGCACGAAGAAUUGUGAAUAAUCGUGACUAUCAUCUCUUAUGCCAACUCUCUAAGGAGAAGUGUCAGAGUUGUUGGUUCUAAGCACUCCACAAACCUGGUUCGGAAAAGCAAGUUUGCCAAGACUGGAACCAGUGCAUUGUUGGCAUUAACUCGAAAGAAAAACUUUCCAUUCCUUUGGCAAGGCGUAACAGAGUCUAUGAUCAAUUGCAUCCGAUGAAGGAUCUGUUUGCAAUUUGUGUUAUAUCUUAUCUUCUGUUACUGCAGUAAAAACUGAAAUAUGGAAGUUA